CCAUGGGCUCGGUAACAGCACCGCUCCUGAUUGGCCGCGUGAGGCGCACUCCAGCGUGCCUGGUGCCUGCGCGGGUGGCUUGGCCGGUAGUGGCGAUGUCUAGCCGGUCCAAGCGGGAGUCUCGUGGUUCUACCCGAGGGAAACGCGAAUCCGAGUCCCGGGGCAGCUCGGGUCGCUUGAAGCGGGAGCGAGAUCGGGAGCGGGAGCCCGAAGCGGCGAGCUCCCGGGGCAGCCCGGUGCGCGUGAAGCGGGAGGCGGAGCCGGCGAGCGCUCGCGAGGCCCAGGCGCCCGCCUUCCCAGUGGUGCGGGUGAAGCGGGAGCGCGAGGCGGAUGAGGACUCCGAGCCUGAGCGGGAGGUGCGAGCCAAGAAUGGCCGCGUGGAUUCUGAGGACCGGAGGAGCCGCCACUGCCCUUACCUGGAUACCAUUAACAGGAGUGUGCUGGACUUUGACUUUGAGAAGCUAUGUUCCAUCUCCCUCUCCCAUAUUAAUGCAUAUGCCUGCCUAGUGUGUGGCAAGUACUUUCAAGGCCGGGGUUUGAAGUCUCACGCCUACAUCCACAGUGUCCAGUUCAGCCACCAUGUCUUCCUCAACCUCCACACCCUCAAGUUUUACUGCCUCCCAGACAACUAUGAGAUCAUCGAUUCCUCACUGGAGGAUAUCACGUAUGUGUUGAAGCCUACUUUCACGAAGCAGCAAAUCGCAAACUUGGACAAGCAAGCCAAAUUGUCUCGGGCGUAUGAUGGCACCACUUACCUACCAGGCAUUGUGGGACUGAAUAACAUAAAGGCCAACGACUAUGCCAACGCUGUCCUUCAGGCUCUGUCUAACGUUCCUCCUCUCCGGAACUACUUCCUGGAAGAAGACAAUUAUAAGAACAUCAAGCGUCCUCCGGGGGAUAUCAUGUUCUUGUUGGUACAGCGUUUUGGAGAGCUGAUGAGAAAGCUCUGGAACCCUCGAAAUUUCAAGGCGCAUGUCUCUCCCCACGAAAUGCUUCAGGCUGUUGUCCUUUGCAGCAAGAAGACUUUUCAGAUCACCAAGCAAGGGGAUGGAGUCGACUUUCUGUCCUGGUUUCUGAAUGCCCUACACUCAGCUCUGGGGGGCACAAAGAAGAAAAAGAAGACGAUUGUGACUGAUGUUUUCCAGGGGUCCAUGAGAAUCUUCACUAAAAAGCUUCCCCAUCCUGAUCUGCCGGCGGAAGAAAAAGAGCAACUACUCCAUAAUGCUGAGUACCAGGAGACAAUGGUGGAGUCCACCUUUAUGUACCUGACCCUGGACCUUCCCACCGCCCCCCUCUACAAGGAUGAGAAGGAGCAGCUCAUCAUCCCCCAGGUGCCACUCUUCAACAUCCUGGCCAAGUUCAAUGGCAUCACUGAGAAGGAAUAUAAGACUUACAAGGAGAACUUUCUGAAGCGCUUCCAGCUCACCAAGCUGCCUCCGUAUCUGAUCUUUUGUAUUAAGAGGUUCACUAAGAACAACUUCUUUGUGGAGAAGAAUCCAACUAUUGUCAACUUUCCUAUUACAAAUGUGGACCUGAGAGAAUACUUGUCUGAAGAAGUACAAGCAGUGCACAAGAACACCACCUACGACCUCAUUGCCAACAUUGUGCACGACGGCAAGCCCUCAGAGGGCUCCUACCGGAUCCACGUGCUCCACCAUGGGACGGGCAAAUGGUAUGAAUUACAAGACCUCCAGGUGACUGACAUCCUUCCCCAGAUGAUCACACUGUCGGAGGCAUACAUUCAGAUUUGGAAGAGGCGAGAUAAUGAUGAAACCAACCAGCAGGGGGCUUGAAGGAUGAGUCUAGGAGUUCGCUCCGGGCCGCUUUUGGCUGAAGAUUGUAAAUAAGAGUACUGAUGCUGCAGAUUUUCUGGGCAGCCCGAUUUUUCUGGGUUCUGGCUCACAUCAGAGCAUCAGGGCCGCCCUUCUGGGAUGGCUUUGUGCUGUCACCCAGCUGGUUUUUGAUCAAUUUAUUGUAGAGUGAUUCUCCAUUCUCCUUCCUGUCUAGCUUCCUUUAGCUUCAGCAGGCCAGAACUCUACCAAAUGUAUGUAAUUUAUUUCUGAGUAGCUGGGAGGAUCUGAAGGAUCUGAAGGACAAGGUAAUUUCUUCUAAGCAUCAAGCCUCAGGAUUUUAGGAAUGAGAGCUUGAAGCCAGUGACAUCUUUCUCCCAUCUGUUAUAGGUGGAUGACUCUCCUGUGGUUCCUUUCAUUUCUUGAUGUGUUUUUGGAAUGAAUUAAAUACAUUCCUGUUUUUAAACUAGCCUCUUGUUUUAUUUUUCCCUUAGGCUGCCUAGGAUAUAUUAUUAAACAUAUUUUAUUUAUUCUUGGUGGCGAUCUGUACACUAAACAUCCGUUCACAAUCUCUGCACGAGCAGCUGAAUGGCGCUGGUUGCAUCACGUUGUGUCACCAGUCCCGCUGUCUGCCCACAUUGUUUCGUCACCGUCUCGUUGGGCCCUCUACCCGUCAGAGUUCCCGUCUGUGCUUAGAUUAACUUGUCAGUUUAACCUCGUGUGGGUAGUACUCUACAAGAGUGCCAUGCUCAAGGCAAACAUUCUUCACUAAUUCGUUUACACUGUUGUUUAGUGGGAAGGAUUUUUGUUUUACUCACAAACUGUCUACCCUACCAUCUGUCAUCUGGUGGAUUGAUGCUUGUCUCUUGUCAGCUUGUGGCUGGUGUGUCAGUUAGGAUGCGUUUGUCUCUGAGUAACAAAAUCUCCGACUAAAAAUGAUAACUUUUUAUCAUACUUAACUGGAAGCCUGGAGGUAGGUGCUUUCAGUUGUAACGCAGGUCGGGCACCUGCAUAAGGAAAGAGGGAAGGAAGGAAGAUUGAGAGAGGAGAGCUUCUGACUGCAGUGUGAUUCUGAGAAAGUCUUCACCAGGCUGAUGGGGAGCCCCAGAGCAAAGAUUGCCUGUCAAAGGAAUUGGGCAGAAAUGGCUUCUGUCAAGCUCGGUCACUGACCAAGAGGAGGCUGGAGGCAGUGUGGUUUCAGUGUUAGCACUGUAGUAGAUCCAAAGA